CACUAAAUAACCUCAAAUUUUCAGCUGCGUUUUCUUCAAGAGCAGCAAUGGCGCUCUCCUCUGCUUUCAGAGAGAGGCUUCAACACAUGGAACAGACCAGAGAUGAACGCCUCUCUCAUCUCCAGGCAGAGAGAGAAUUGCAAAGAAACAAGUCUCAGGUUUUAGCUUUUAAGCUCGAGAACAUUCGAUCCAUGGAGCGAAGGUGCUUGAUUCUUGAUCGACAGAUCGCGUUGCAAAACUUCAAGAUCUCAGCCCUCAAAUCCGAAGUCGAGAGCCUUGACUCUAAAUAUGAAGCUAUUUCACAAGAACUAAGGGUUUUAAAUAGUGAGGUGGAGGAGCUUGAGGAAUUUGAGGAAGACAAACAGAGGUUUUAUGACUUGAAAACUUUUGAGAUGAAAGAAUUUAAGCAAAAUGUGGAGAAUUUUAAAGCAGAAUGUGGAGGGCGAGUUGAAGAAUUGAGAGUGAGAGUAAAUGAGCUCAAGUCAACGUUAACCAAACUUCAAAGUAGUAAUGGGUCCUUGAAUAAUCUUGAGAUAGCUGCUGCUGAAACAAGCAAGGCCGAACUUUUAGCCAUGAAAGAAAAGUUGACUCAAUCAAUUUGUGUUAAUUACCAAAUGAAAGCACAUCUCCAAAAGCAGCUUCAGGAUAUGUUGAUUACUGGAAGUCCAGCUGAAGUUUAACUUCUCUUCAUCUUAGGUUUGCAGAAAAUGAAGGUGUAAACGCUGCAGAUUAAUGGAAAAACUUUCCAAAGAAGCCUGGUCCAUGGCCUAUGUUACCACCUGAAUGAAGACCGAGGAGUAUGAUUAAAUUUCAGAAUAUAAACUAGAAAA